UCUCAGAUAUCGCCUGUCACCGCAGAAUUCUGAAUCUCACGGCGAAGUGUUCUUAUGCUGGAUGUCCAUGGAAAGGAGAACUGCGUGCUGUGGAGAGCCAUCAAUCAGAAUGCUUGCUGAAAGUGAUAGAGUGUCCAAAUGAAGGAUGUAAAGAGAAGCUUACCAGGCUAUAUAUGAACAAUCACAAGAUGAGCAAAUGUACCUGGAGGAAAAUGAAAUGUGAAUAUUGUGUAGAAUCAUUUAUCAUGAGAAACAAGCAGCAACAUCAUAAUGUCUGUCAAAAGUUUCCGGUUCAAUGUACAAACAACUGUGGUUUGAGGGAUAUUCCACGAGAAAAGUUUCCACGAGCAUCAACCAGAGGUCAUUUGGACUCACAUGUGAAAAGCCACCUGAACUUAGCUCUAUGCAAUCUUGAGAUCACCCAGAAGCAGGUUAGAGAUCAGUCGAAGCAGAUUGAGAGAUUGGCGUCCACCUGCGAUGAUCAAUCACAGCAGUUGAAUGAUCAAUCACAGCAGAUAGCCUGUUUAACGUCUACUGUGCAGGGUCUGGUGCAGCAGAUGGAAAGACUGAAGAACAAAACCACCAACGAAGCCAUGGGCGGGGCAAACAAGAAAGGGGCAACUAAUGUCAAGGUUAAAGAGGGUGUUACUGGUUGGAGGAACCACGCAUCACGAUCACGUGACCGUGAUCGUAAUGGGUGGAGAAGAGGAGGGGAUGAUGCAGGUCGUGAUCAGGAGAGAGUGCCUCCACGCCCAAGUUUGUUACGAUAACUUUCAAGAAUACGUAUGAUGCACGAUCCUCGCAGUAGAUAGCG